UAUAGCUUUCAUGGAAAUUAGUUACAAUGAAAGAUUUGCUUAAAUUGGUUAUUGGUUUAUUUGUUACGGCCUUUUUCACUUUAUUAUUGGUCCUAGAUGUUGUUUUAUGUGAAAAUUCCGAAUGGAAAUAUCCAACAAACUUGGCAGACUUAUUACUAGACAUUUACAACGAAAGACCCUUUGUGUCUAUGCUGCUGAUAAAACCGACUACCAUAGCGGAGGUUCCAUGGGAUCUGAAAACCAUAUUUCAAUGGGAGAUACCAAAAAUCAUAAUGAAACCGGGUCAAGAGUUUGAAUUGAGAAAACUCUUCAACAAGGAAGUCAUUGCUGUUGUUUUCAUGCCUUCAAAUUUUGAUGCAGUUCUAUUCGACACUUGUGCUCAACUCUUCAAUGAUACACGUCAAACUAGAAUUGUGGUGGCUACAGAGGAUUUAAAAACUUCUCAAACACUAUUUGAGGAGGAGCUACUUCAGGCAUCCGAGAUUUAUAAAAUGACCCGUAUUAUGCUAUCAUAUCUUAACUCUAAGGGAGGAGAGUUGUCCUCAUAUCUAAGAUUGCAGCCCUAUCCCAAUUACCAGUGGAGAAAUCCAACAAACAAUGGUUACUUCUAUCCCGAGUAUUGGCGAAAUUUGCACCGCAAAAAGGUUGUUGUCUUUGCUGAGCAAUCAAUUCCUCGCGUUUUUCUUUUCAAAGAUCCAGUGGGCAAUAUCCAAUACAGCGGUUAUUUAGCUAAGCUUGUUGCAUUGUUUGUCCAACGCUACAAUGGAACAAUGCAGCCAUAUCAACCGCCUAUACUGGAUAAGUACAGUUUUUAUAGUGACAUCAAAGAGUUGAUGGAACAACAGCUUAUCGACAUACCCAUGACUCUCGAAAGCGGCAUCGAUGAUGGUGUAGAUGAGAAAUUGCACCGCAAAUCCGAUUGCAUAGAGGUAACACAGAUCAAACUAAUGGUACCUUGUCCCAGUCCUCGUAGCAUACCUGAACUCUAUCACCUGUUGCUGGACUUGGAUUUCAUUGGCAGCCUGACCAUAGGUACCAUCAUCUUUUCCUCGACACAUUCCCUCUUUGAUUGGAUCUUUGGGGAAAUGGUGCAACCUUGGAGCUUUUUAUUGAAUGACAAAGGCCUGCCUAGUUUAUUGGGACAAGCUUAUGCGGCUAGAGUGUCUCCCAGAGCGUCUUUAAAGAUUUUAUACCUCAUCAUGUUUUUCACAGGUCUGUAUACCAACAUGCGUUUUGGGGCAAAAAUGAAGACACUCUUCACCACACCACCCUAUCACAGGCACAUAGAAAACUUUGAGGAGCUGAAUAGAUCACCGGUGACAAUACUGGUGCCGGAAAAUGCCUACGAAGAACCACCAUAUCCCAUAGAGAAACUAAUGAUAACUAAAGACAGUAACUUAUUUCAGGAGAUGCGUCAAAGUUUGAAUACCUCCUAUGGGUACUUCACUUCCCUGAGCACAUGGCAGACGUUUAAGCAAAUGCAGCGGGCCAUCUACGAUAAGAUUUUUUGCAUCUACGACAAUCUGACCAUUACAUCCCCCAGAAUAAUGGCCUUCCGUCUACAGAGGAAUUCGUUAUUCAAAGAACCCUUGGAUGUGCUUAUUCAUCGGGUGCAUGAUGCUGGUCUAAUGCAAGCCUGGUAUUCGCAGACCUUUGCGGAUUUGUUGAAACAAAAGGAAAUUCAAUUCAUAUACAACACUGACCUCCCAGGGGCUUUCGCUCUAAAUGUUGGCGAUUUAUGUUGGCUAUGGAUUACAUUGGCUGUGAGUUUGCUGAUUGACUUUUUGGUAUUUUUUGUGGAAAUUUUAAUUCAUCGAUAUGUGUAGCCCAAAAGGACAAAAAGUUAUCAGAACUGUAAGAUUGGAAAAUCAAAAACUUUUUUUGAAAUAUAUGUGAAAAUUUGCUAAUUUGAAUAAAUUUGGGAAAACUGCCA